AUGUUUGCAGCGCCGGGGCCUCACAUCUUGCGUCCGUGGAUGCUGCCACACCGGCUGGAUUUUGGCCUGAGAGGCUCAUGCGACGAGGUACAAAAAUGCUUGCUGCAGCUCAUGUGCCUGAACGGAUGUCUCACAUCCCCAGACGUUCCCGGUGGUGAAAAAUUAGUAGUCACGGCCUGUGAGGACAGAUGGUUGACUAGCAUCAAGGUGCAGGUUGCAUGCGCCGACUUCAAUGCGAAUGGCUUACUUCUACCACCUCAACAUGUGUUCACAGUGAAGGGCUUCAACCGUGCUACAUGCGCACUACUGCUCAUGUUGGCUUGCUCUGAAUUCCCACCUCUGAUGGAGGCUUUGCCCAAAACGGUGGUGGAGUCCUUGAGCGCCAUCUACGUCACCAAACAGAAUGCAGAUCUGGCUGAUGUCAUAACGACCAACAGAGGUGUGACGCUCGCCUCCAGCAUCAGACGGCGUCCAAACGCCUUCAACCUCUUGCACCAAAUGGAGGUUAUGCUGAGAGGAGGGUAUUCAGGGGACAUUGCCAUUCAGAACAUGGAGGUGAUGGAUUCAGCGGCUGCCUUGGCGUCAGCCUACCAAGUGGGCCGAGCUGAGGCUGGCGCGGCAACCAAUCUCUUGAAAGAGGUCUCAGCCAGCACAAGGAAGCAGCUCAAAGAUUUGGUAAGGAUAUUUGGACAACCUCGGUUCAUUUUGCAUGACGGCUUGGCGGCCGGAAUCAUGAACAUGGACUACGUUGGAACUGGAAAUUCCUACCAUGCUUGGGACCGUCAUUUGAGCAAUUCCCAGGAAGUUGUGGACCUCAUGCUUACCCGCAUGAGAAAAGACUUUGAGUCUCUUGCGCCAAAGAUGAGGUUUCUGCACCGACAUGCCGAUUCCGAUCUUUUCAAUUUGCUUCAGUCGAGCGUGCCACCUUGUGAUCUUUCUCGAAUCGACGUCUUUAAGAACCAUGUUGGCAAAUUCCGCCAGAAGGUUGAGGAAGACAAGGUUGCCAAAGCGGCGGAGCUAGAAGCGGCGCUUCUCCAAACGACGUGGGCACAGACCGAAUUGUCAGUUGCCAACGACUUGUCAGAACUCAAGAGCUGGGCAGACAAGUGGAAGGUCUUUGCAGCCCAACAGGGUGGAUUGGACAUGCACUACCUGAACAACCGCUUUGAGACGGGGAAGGAAAAGGUGAAAAACUACAUGGAGAAGCAUCACAGCUUCACAUGCUACAAGACUUUGACGCUUGCUCAGGGAGACAUUGUGGAAAAACAGGCUGCCUUGGGCAAAUCAGCGUUUAGCGAGUGGUCGAUGGCCUGCGCAAACUUGCAACUGAAAAAGCUGGUGGACAAUGCUUCGGGCCCAUGCUUCCACUACAUGGGGUUGUUCUUGAAUGAUGAUUCCCAAAUGAUGAGCAAAUCUUCGGGCACCAUCACAGGCUUGCUCAUGUCAAAGUGGUGGGAUCAGGCCCCAGACGCUGGACCCAAAAGACGGCCACAAGCAGCUUUCGGAGAGACCAUGCCCAACUUGGAGUCAUUGACAGUUGCCAAUGGAGUGGUGAAGAUUCUCAAAGGUUGCUUCAGGAUUCCAGACUUGAUCAAGAACAAGUACCAGAACAGCCAUGCAAACGGGCUGAAAGCUCUUGAGGAUUUGAUUUCAUCUGCCAAAGACGUUGCCGUGGCAGUGAAAGGAUCCAUAGGUGAGUCCCAAGCUGCUGCUGACACUUCCAAUGAUACCUCUGGUUCUCGGGAGUCUGUGUGUCGGACACUGGCAACUCCAGACUUCGAAGGCGACGUGACGCCCAACUUCGAUCGCCGGAUCGACUUGGAGACCAAAACCAUGGAGGAGUUCAAUGCGGAAAGAGCGCUCCGCUGCUCAGCUAAGCUGGCAAAUUCAGAACUUGUGGUGGGCGAGGAUACCAAUGAGAACAUCAUGUGGCUGCUGAAUGACUCGGACUCCAACCAGGAGCUCUGUGCCCGUGAACUGUUCGGUUUCAACACUGGCUCUUUUGCGGAGGUGGUUACAGGAGAUGCGUCGACCGUCACAGACCAGAUUCCUUGGUUGGUGAGAAGCGACCUUGAGACAGUCUGUUUGGUGAUGCCCGACAAGAAACAGCUCAUGACCAUCAGUGACGUCAUGGCUUGGGUGACCAGAACUCGUGGUGUCACGCAGGUCGAAAGAGCAUUCCGCUACACCAUCAUCCCAAAGAACAAGAUCAAUUGCUUCCGUCCCAAGGCGAUGGAAGGAGACAUGGUGGGUGUUAGAGCGUCACAAAUGGGCGGAUGCUUCAAUGACUUCACAGCGUUGCCCAAGGGUGACAAUUUCUCCAUCGUGUGGGAGGUCAAAGUGACUGACGGAGUACCAGCUCUGAUCUCGCCCGUGAAGCCGAAGUACUACAUCAAAUCUGUGACAACAUUGCCGGCCAAAACGGCCAUGAAGGUGCAAUAG